AUGGAUCAACCCCAUUUUCUAAAAGUCGCAUCUAAAUCUGCUGCUAGCCUAUUGUCAACCGCUUCAAUCCAGGGGCAGGUUACCUCUACCACUGAGGCUACAACUGCAAUCAAUUACGAAAAUGUGAAUCUGGAAAUACAAUCGAUUCGAAACGGUUCACCAAUAACACAAUUUGAUAACAGUAGUGUGGCAUCAGAGCUCCACUUAUCGGAGUAUAUAGAGGAUUUACCUUUUUUGCCGUCCAAUAUUCGCCAUACACAGCUGUCGCAUGACGAAUAUAAUUAUUUGAAAUUAUAUCCAAAUCCACAGGACUUAAAGGAAGAACAAUACUUUCGUCAAUGCAUCUCCUUAUCCAAAAAAUGCGAUGAGCAUCAGUUCCAUCAAAAGUUGAAGCAAUUUUUUAUCUUGUCUAUUGCAGGUAAACCGAUAUAUUCAAUGAAUGGGUCAGAUUAUGUGGUGAUUGGCUUUAUGGGUAUACUAACCACAAUUCUAUCAACUUUCCAAGAAGAUCUUCACAGAGACUUGAACAGCAUAACACUAGGAGAGGAUAUAAAAAUUGUUGCCUUAAACAGAGCUCCUAUUGUAUUGUUUGCAAUUACAAAAUUGGCACAUGAAUCAGAUAGCUUUCUCAAAUCUCAGCUACAACUACUUUACACGUAUUUGUUGAGUAUAUUGUCAAAAUCAGCAAUUGACAAGCAUUUCAACAAUGGGUUAAAUUACGACUUAAGACGAAUAUUGAGUCCGUUGGAUUUUGCAAACUUGGACGACUUGUGUAUGAAAAUGACGUUUGGGUUGCCCAAUGGUCUCAAUUUUUACUUGAGCCAGUUGUUUAAUUGCCGACAGAGUGUUAAACUACGGUACACUUUGAGGUCCAGGAUGAACAAAAUAUUAAAUACCUACAAGGAUGAUGAUUUGCUAUUUACUAUUUUGGCCAAGUCCAACGUGAUUCUAAAUUAUGUUCGCAAUAAAGCACAUGUUUUAUCAGAACAUGAUUUGAGAUUAUUGUUGUUUAUAGUCCAGUCGAUGAAAAACAAGGAGGAGGACCUAUGGAUGCCAUUAUGUAUGCCAGAUUUUAACAACCACGGCUUUCUUUAUGUCUUUGUUCGUACAUGGAAUCAGAAUAGUUUGAUACUCAUGAGUGGGAACAAAAACUCAUUCUACAAAUUAAAAGAGCUAGCGAGUGGUAUCAUUCUCACAGCUGAAAGGUCUCAGAGCCAUGAAUUUCUCACCGGCUUCCAACGUGAGUUGCUUACGCCAAUAUCGAGUCAAAUUCCAUUCGUCGUCAAACAUUUUCUCUAUAUCGAUAAAAAGCUCAAUCAAUUUGUGAGCAGUGAAGUGCCUCACAACAACAGGAAUGUUGUGCUUCAGUUGAUCAAAUAUUACACGCAGUUGAAAAAUAACAAGUCCAAUUUCCAAUUUAGAGACGUCCUGGUCAAUUACAAGAAACUAACAUACAUGAAGUGGGAAAAGGUCACGGGAAUUAUGAUCACCGAUAAUUCCUAUGCAUUUUACUGUAUUAUUAACGAUGAUAUCGAUUCCAGGAAAUUAAUUGACGUUAGUGUUUCUAUAAUCAAGUGGUGCAAGAAGAACCAAUCGCGAUUAUUCACAAAAUAA